AUGUCUUCCCGCAGCGCCAUCUUCUACGGCAAAUCCAAGUAUGAAACCCUUCCAUUCAAGUCUUCAUCUACUCUUCGUAGAAGCCUGCAUCUAUCGGCGCACCAUCCAAAGACUGUCCGGGACAAUGACGCUCGCGGUGCCCAAUCCGCCACUUUCAAUCACGUCCCUGACAGCCCAACCUACAGCUUGAAUCGCUUCGCCGCCGGCCACUCCCAAUCACGCCCGCCGCCAGGCUUGAACCAGGCCGUGACUGAAGACAAGGCAAUAGCAAACGGACAAGCCCGCGCCUCUGCUAAAAUACGCACAUUUGAUACGCGUUUCAACAAUGCCAAUCGACCGCCGGAGGGAUAA